AUGCCCUCCACCCCAGACCUCCCUCUUGAGAUCUGGUUCCAGAUCCUGAACCAGACUCUCAGCCUCCUCCUGCCGAUCGCCACCACCCCUCGACUCUACUCGACCCACAUCCUGCCGCUCCUCCUCACAUCUCACACCUUCUACGAACACUGCCAUCCCCUCACACACCCUCAUCUCCGCAAACACAGACUCCUCCAACUGUUCACCCGCUGGAAGGCUGCUCACUCGCGAGAGGUCCAUUUUUACCAUCACCCACUCCGGAACCACGUCCGAUACGCAUUGCCGGAUCGCGUUGGCAACCCGCCAGGCGAGGAAUACGAGACCCUGUACAGCUUCAUCAAGCGCGCCUACCUCUUUGGCUGCGAGAGCGUUUGUGGAACGGUCAUCCCUGUCGAGGGCGGACUGGAGCCGCCAGUCUUGACACCCUCUGCAUCUGCACCUGAGGCACCGGCACCGGCCCAAGGAAACAAUACCAAUGAAGGAACAGUCAACCCCACAGUGACAAAUCACUCGACACCGGCAUCUGCCACAGGCACAGGGGUCAGUGCGGGUGUCGUCCUUGCUCCCCCGCCUGCACAAGUAAGCGCACCCCUGACUACCCAUCAUGGCGGCGAUGGUGGCGGACAGGGCUGGAAGAACCAUGCUCUACAGUGGCAUGUUGCGAACCCUACAUUUGCGGCAGAGGGCACAAUUGAGCUCUACCGCGACGUUGUGGAAGAAUACCGACGCGUGGUCUGCGGCAGCGCCGCCGCCAGGGAGCGACACCGUGAGAUUGAGCGCGCUAUGGAUAUGAUGAGGAACCCUCACCGCUAUACCGAACACUCGGUAGCAGAAUACCAGUGCCAAAAGGAUGAUACGAUUGCAGAGGAGGAUAACGCGGAGGCCGAUGACGAGGGUGAGGGCGAGGAGGAAGAGGAAGAGGAAGAAGACGACAAUGAGAUGAUUGAACAAAAUACAAACGAGCUUCUGUCCGAAAUCGAGGCCAAGGGUGGACUCCGUAGACGGGAUAGCGGCCACGGGCAAUCAUCUUCCGAGAUGGAUAUUGAUGACGACAUGGAUGAGGAAGAUGAUGAAGACAUGAUGUGCGUCGGUAAGCGGGGGCGGGAAGAAAAGAUGCUCGCUGACCUUGAGCUAGCCAAGCGGGGAUCCCAGACAACGUCGAUGGAUUACCAGCUAGAGAGCGGCAGCAGUAGCAGCCAUCGCCACGGUAUGCGCAAUCGAAAGUUGGAGCGGUCCGUUUCUGCAGGCGAGCAGGAACAGAUCAUCAUGGACAUGGCCCUGGACAAGCAUUGUCAUCCCAUGUCGCCGUCGGUCGAGCCCCUCUAUUCCCUCGAGACAAAGCCCUAUGGCUCUUCAUCUCCGUCCUCGUCCUCCUCAUCUCUGGGGCAGACACGCUCUGGAUCGCCUGCGCCCUUUACACGCCCCGCGCCACCAAGCCGCAAGACACGAGAGAACGGCAGCUACAGCCGAUCAAGGUUCUCCAGAACCCUCCAGCGCAGCCACUCAAGUCCAGGCACCACAGACGCUGCCCGUAUACCCAGUCUACCUCUCUUCAGCAGCGCACGGUUCUUUGGCAACCCUUCUUCGCACCCAUCCUCCCUCCCACAGCCAUCCCCUUCAGAUCCCUUCCCCGCGAGCCAGAACACCAACAAUAAUAGCAACAACACAUCUAUACUUGCUCCCCUUUCAAAGUCAUCUCUCUCCGAAACAUCCUCACAGCAACAACAGCAGCAGCAACAGCAACAGACACGACCCCUCAAGGCUGAGGAUCUGGAUUUCGAUCUUGCAUCGGCCUGUGCGAACACAUUUGCUUCGGACCUGGCAUUUGUCCUGGCCCGGGUUCCCGGACUGGGUGCACAUUUCCAUCGAUUUGAGCAGUUGGCCAAGCUGAAGCUCCAUGUGGGCUGGGCUAAGCAUGCGCAGAGUCGUGGUGGGAACGAUGUCUUUGUCAUGAGCUGUUCUAGACUGAUCAGUCUUUUGGCACCUCUGGCCAACACUCCCCUUGUGAGCGAGCGUGCUGGUUAG